AGAACUACAAGUAGACCAGUGCAGCUCGCCUGGAACUACAACAACAUCGUCCAACCCCCCGAAGGACGACGAGCACGACCACUUCUACACUAGCUACCUGGCCCUCGGGAAAGUGAGUCGGUACGACCGGGUUACGGGGCACACACAGGACGUAGAAGAAAUUCACGGGUUGCAGGGGCUCUGGAAAACGCUCUCCUCUUUUCCCGAACGGCAGCUUCUCCAGGUGAUUUCCUGGGACGAGUCCAGCGUGAAUCUGCUGCGCGACGACCUGAUACUCGAAGACGACGCGUGGGGCACUCGUGAUUCUCGUAUGCUUUCAGCAGAUCAUGCGAACAAUCCUGUAGUUCUGGAGGAAGAACUUUCAACAUCGCGGCUACAAGUGCUGGACGACGGCGGGGAGGAAC